GCAUGAAGAAGACUGAACUCAACUCACAAUGAAGAUCCUCCUCAUCUUCUUCACUUUCUACCUGAUCUCAGGUGCAGUGAGAUGCUUUAGUGUCACUGGAUAUUCUGGAGGAAGUCUUCUUGUUGAUUCACGGAAGCCUUGGCAUACAGACAAAGCCAAAUAUAUGGUUAAACACGACCCAUGGAGAACCAUAAUAAAUUACAAGAAACACAGUGAAUGGACUGGUGAAGGAAGAUUCGUUCUUUUUCGCAACAAAUAUGGAAACCUCAUGAUAUUCAUCAGAGAACUGAACCAGCAUGAUGCUGGAAGAUACAGAAUCAGGGUUACUGACAAGUGGUAUAUAGAUAUGACUUUGAAUGUGAAUAAAGAUUCAUGUUGUAAAAUGUCAAAGAAAGUGGUGGUAAAUAGUGGAGAAACUGCCACAUUCAACUGUGAAUAUUCACAGAAUCAUAUCAAUGAUGCAAAAGUCAUAUUCAAAGAACGACAAAACCUAAUUGAAGAGUUGAUACACGCCACUGGCACAUUGAAUGAGGAAGGAAGAUUCAGUCUUUCUGAUGACAGACAUACAAACUUCUUCCGUGUGAGAAUUACUGCUGUGAGACCAGAUGAUGGAGGAGUUUAUUUAUGUGGAGUUUGGAUCAACAGACUCUUCUACUCCAUUAGAGCUAAAGUUCAUCUGCACAUUAUGGCUAAAGUGGGCGUGUCUAGAGUGAGCGGAUACUCAGGAGGUCGUAUGAUGAUCAAGUGUGAACAUCCUCAAUACAAAACCAAUCCAAAAUACAUCUGUAAAGAAUCAGAUGGAUGUUCAGAGAGGAAGAAUCCAGGAGUUCAGGAUGAAUGGAUGGAGAAUGGAGAUGUUUCUUUAUAUGACGACACCAGAGCAGGAGUCUUGAUGGUGUUUUUUAGAGAGCUGAAAGCUGCAGAUGCAGGAACAUACAGGUGUGGAGUGAAUGUGUCUCACUAUACUGAGAGCUUCACUGAACUUCAGCUGAACGUCACAGACGAUGCAACAUGUGUGAAUAAAUCUGCUCAUCUUGGUGAAGAAGUCAACAUCAGCUGUCAGAUCCCAGAGGAACAUAAAGUUCAUUUCUGCAAAGAGGAUGAUAAUCACAUCUGUCAAAACAUCAGCACAUCUACAGUGACAGAAAUGAAUGGUUCAUCUGAGAGAAAUGAAGAGAGAGUUUUUACAGUGAGCAUCAGUAAUGUGAGCGUGAGAGAUGCUGGAGUUUACUGGUGUGGAGCAGAAACCAGAGACACACAUUUGACUUUCAUCUCCCUGAACACCAAAAUUCAGCUCAACCUCAUCAUGGCUCCAGUAGUGAGACGUGAAGGAGAAUCUGCUGAGAUCAUCUGCCCUUAUGAUUCAAUCUAUAAAUCAAAGUCAAAGUCUCUCUGUAAGGGGAAGUGCUCCACUAGAGAUAGAAAUACUCUCAAUGAAGAGAAAGAGACCAAGACCGACAGAUUGACUCUGAAUGAUGACGGCACUGCAAGUGUCUUCACUGGGACCAUCACUGGACUGACAGCAGAGGAUGCUGGGAAAUACUGGUGUGCAGUGACAUUAGAGAGAGACGUGAAUUAUCUUUACACUCAUCUGAUCGUCAUCAUGAAGGAGGGUGAGGAAGGUUUAUCAUCUGAAUAUGUCAAACUAUGGCUGUGAAUUGAUGUUCUUAUAUUUCUCAUCAUUUCCAGAGCUGAACUUGACUAAGUAUGAAGGAGACGACAUGUCAAUCCAGUGCAAACAUCAUGAUGAACAUCAGAAACUCUUCUGCAAAGCAC